AUGGAUGGACUGAUAUUGGACACUGAAACGUAUUAUACUAAAGCAUUUGAAAAUAUUUGCAAUUCUUAUGGUAAGGAUUUUACCUGGGAAGAUAAAUUGAAAGUAAUGGGUAAGCCCAUGGUAGAAGUUGCUCAGAAGUUUGUUGAGGAAAAAAAUCUUCCACUAAGUGGACAAGAGUUUCGCUAUCAUCUAGAUGAAGAAUGCGAAAAAAUUUUUAAUCAACCAAUUCCUUUGUUACCUGGAGCGGCACGUCUAAUUGAGCAUCUUCAUCAGCACGAUAUUCCUAUUGCACUGGCGACAAGCA